AUGGCCGGUACGAAGAUCAUAACCGAGGCGAUCGAGAAGCCGUUGUUGGAUAACAGGAGCUACCGCUACAUCCGUCUCCCGAACCAACUAGAAGCUCUCCUCGUCCACGACCCACAAACAGAUAAAGCCUCCGCCGCCCUCGACGUGAAUGUGGGACAUCUCUCCGACCCGAAGGAUCUACCAGGUCUUGCGCAUUUCUGUGAGCAUCUGUUGUUUAUGGGAACGGAGAAGUAUCCGGAUGAGAAUGAGUAUGCGAAAUAUUUGAGUAUGCAUUCGGGGUUCAGUAAUGCCUUUACCGGCCUCGAUGACACGAAUUAUUAUUUUGAGUGUGGAGUUGGUGAAGGGGUUUUCGAGGGUGCGUUGGACCGUUUCGCGCAGUUCUUUCGGAAACCGCUCUUUUUGGAGGAUCAGAAGGAUCGUGAAUUGAAGGCUGUGGAUUCGGAGAAUAAGAAGAAUUUGCAGGUUGAUAUUUGGAGACUCUUUCAACUGGAGAAAUCGUUGUCGAAUCCGGAGCAUCCGUAUAAUUCCUUUGGAACGGGUAACUUGGUGACGUUGAGUGAGGAGCCGGCGAAGAAGGGGUUGGAUGUUAGGCAGGAGUUGUUGAAGUGGUAUGGAGAGAAUUACUCGGCGAAUUUGAUGAAGUUGGUCGUGUUUGGACGGGAGGAAUUGGGUGAGCUCCAGAAGCUGGUCGAAGAGAAGUUCUCUGAUGUCGUUGACAAGAACCUGCCUAGACCUGGGUUCCGUGGUUAUCCCUUAACCGAGAAGGAGCUGAAGAAGGUCUGCUUCAUUAAGCCUGUCAAGGAUAUCCGUCGUCUUGACAUGACGUUUACCUUCCCCGACACCCAACCGAACUACGCCUCCCAACCUGAACGCUACCUCUCUCACCUCAUCGGCCACGAGGGUCCCGGCUCGAUCCUCUCCUACCUCAAGAAGAAGUCCUGGGCGAACGGGCUCAGCGCCGGUUCCACCCACGUCACCGAGGGCGCCGACAUGUUCAAGAUCAACAUCGAGCUUACGGAGGAGGGUCUUGAGAAAUAUGAGGAAGUAGUCGAAGCCGUAUUCCGCUACAUCGCCAUCAUGAAAUCCCGCGAACCAGAAGAAUGGGUAUGGAAGGAAAUGGCAAACAUGGCCGAAGUCGGAUUUAAAUACGCGGAAAAGUCUCCUGCGAGCAAGUUUACGAUGAGUGUUGCUGGGUACAUGCAGAAGGGGUAUAAACCCGAGGAAGUUCUGAGUGGAGGAGAGCUCUUUAGGAGGUAUGAUCCGAAGGCGAUUAAGGAGUGUUUGGAUGCGUUGAGGCCGGAUAAUUUCCGGAUCUUCUUGAUUUCGCAGAAGGAGCCUAACGCCGGGUUUACGGAGCAGGAGAGGUGGUAUGGAACGGAGUACCGUCUCGAGCCCAUCUCCUCUAACUUGCAAUCUGCCAUCGCGGACGUCAAGGCUGAGGAGGGCGAGCUCAGGUUCCCCGGCGUGAACGAGUUUAUCCCGACCAACUUUGAGACGCACCGCAAGGACGUACCAGCUGAGGCUCAGGCUAAGCGUCCGACGUUGAUCAAGCACACGAGUUUGAUCCGCUUUUGGCAUAAGAAGGAUGAUACGUUCUGGGUGCCCAAAGCGAAUGCGAACUUCUUGUUCCGCACUCCUCUGGCGUAUGCUACCCCCAAGCACAGUGUCUUGACGAGGUUGUACUGUGAUUUGGUGAAGGACGCGUUGAAUGAGUACUCGUAUGACGCUGAUCUCGCCGGUUUGGAGUACAACCUGUACCCGGACCAUGAGGGGAUCAACCUUCAGCUUUCGGGGUACAAUGACAAGUUGCAUAUCCUUUUGGAGAAGAUCUUGUCCCAUCUCGCUGCCCCACAGAUUACUGCGGACAGGUUUGCGGUGACGAAAGAGCGCUUGAUGAGGGCGUACAAGAACUUCGAGCAAGAACCUGCUGUGAAUCAUGCCGUUUACUGGAUGGGAUACCUCAUGUCCGAGACUAUGUGGAAUAACGAGGAGAAGUUGGCCGUCGUGGAUGCCGUCACCCUCGACCAAGUCCAGGACUUUGCGAAGGACUUGUUGAAGGAGGCUCAUGUCGAGGCUUUGGUACAUGGCAACAUGUUCAAGGAGGACGCAUUGAAGCUCGCGCAGUCUGUCGAGGAAGUCCUUAAGCCGGCUGCGUUGGCACGGUCACAGCUUAUCAGGAAUAGGUCGUGUCAGUUACCGGAGAAUGCGAAUUUCGCGUUCCCCCGCCCUGUGCCGAAUCCUGAAAACUUGAAUUCUGCGAUUGAGUAUAUGGUCGAGGCUGGUAAUUUGAUGGAUGUUCGUGGUAGGUCACUCUUGAUGCUUCUUUCUCAGAUCGCGAAUGAGCCUUGUUUCGAUCAGCUUCGAACGAAGGAGCAACUUGGCUACAGUGUUUGGAGCGGAGCGAGGAAGACCACGACCGCAAUGGGAUUUCGUGUCAUCAUCCAGUCUGAGAGAAACACAGAUUACCUCGAAUCCCGUAUCGAGUCCUUCUUGGUCCAACUCCGCGGUAUCAUCGCGGAUAUGAAAGACGAGGAAUACCAAACCCACGUCAAAUCCAUCAUCGACAAGAAAACCGAGAAACUCAAGAACCUCGGACAAGAAACCAGCAGGUAUUGGCAACACAUCUUAUCCGGAUACUACGAUUUCCAUCAACUCGAUGCGGACGUGGAGAACCUCAAGACUAUCUCGAAGGAUGAUUUGUUGAGGUAUUAUGAUGAGUAUGUCAUGCCCGGAUCCGCGACAAGGAGGAAGUUGUCGGUUCAUAUGCAGAGUCAGAAGGCUGUCCCCGACAGUUUGCCAGCACCGGCGGAUCACAGCAAGUUCAUCCAGGGCUUGUCUAUGUUCCUCAACGCGAACCAACUCGAGGUAUCUACUGAGGACCUACAAUCCCUCCUCGUGGGUCUCGAGAACGGUGCUAUGACCGAGCUUCCGGGUAAACUCCGUACGUACCUCAUCGACGUGAAGAAAGCCGACCCAUUAAAAGUCGAUGCGGCGCUCGCUCAAGGUAUGACAAUCUUGCAGGCACAGAUGCCCCAGGCUGCCGCUGAGGAGAAGGAGGUGAAGGCUGGAGAUGAGGUCAAGGUGGAGUAUAUGCAGGUGUUGGAUACUACGGCUUUCAAGGCGGGAUUGUUGCUUUCGCCUGCGCCCAGGCCUGUUGCGGCGUUUGAGACGUUCUAUGAGGCUCCGGAGGCGAAGCUCUAG